UCCAUGAUAGCCAAAAGUAACCCAGUUGGUUGCUACUGGCAACGAUAAUGUAGUUUUGCUGUUUAACACUUUCUGUCAUGGCUAACAUUAGUGGUGUGUGGACUAUGAUUACCCGUAAUGAUAUAUUGGAGCUCGAAAGACGGUGUUUGGAACAAAUCCGUGAGGAUGUCCUGUACACCGUGAGAAACGAUGCCAAGCUACGAGCAGCGCUAUCAUCUAAAACUUAUGAAGACUUCAAGAACAUCGUCGAUUCGGCACAUCUGACACCGCUAAGCGCGAGUGAUAAAAAGAACGCAAAAACGAAGCACCGUAUAUGGAAUAAUGCAACAAGGCCGGAGUAG